CUGCAGCCAUUGGUGUCUGUGUCAUUACUAAUAGAGUCUUGUAAACACUCGUUAAUCACGUAAGGUCUCCGGCCUGGGGCUCCGCACGCCAGCCGGUGGCGGGUCUUCCCCGCCUCUGCAGCCUAGUGGGAAGGAGGUGGGAGGAAAGAAGGAAGAAAGGGAGGGAAGGAGGGAGGAGGCACGCCAGAGGGAGGGACCGCCGCAGAGGCAGAAGCGCCGCGCGGAGCCAGCGGAGCACCGCAGGCCGGGGCGCAGCCGGCGCGGCUCCUCGUACUCCCUGGUCCUUUCUCCUCGGCGCCCACCACCCGCGGCGGCCUCCAGCGUCCGUCUCCAAGGCAGCAUGGUGAGGUGUGCUCUCGGGCCCUCGCCACCAUGUACGUGAGCUACCUCCUGGACAAGGACGUGAGCAUGUACCCCAGCUCCGUGCGCCACUCGGGCAGCCUCAACCUGGCGCCGCAGAACUUCGUCAGCCCCCCGCAGUACCCGGACUACGGCGGUUACCACGUGGCGGCCGCGGCCGCGGCGGCGGCCAACUUGGACAGCGCGCAGUCCCCGGGGCCGUCCUGGCCGGCAGCGUACGGCGCCCCGCUCCGCGAGGACUGGAACGGCUACGCGCCGGGGGGCGCAGCGGCAGCCGCCAACGCUGUGGCACACGGCCUCAACGGGGGCUCGCCGGCCGCCGCCAUGGGCUACAGCAGCCCCGCCGACUACCACCCGCAUCACCACCCGCACCACCACCCGCACCACCCGGCAGCGGCGCCUUCCUGUGCCUCCGGGCUGCUUCAGACCCUCAACCCUGGCCCUCCGGGUCCCCCAGCCACCGCUGCGGCCGAGCAGCUGUCUCCCGGCGGCCAGCGGCGGAACCUGUGCGAGUGGAUGCGGAAGCCGGCGCAGCCGUCUCUGGGAAGCCAAGUGAAAACCAGGACGAAAGACAAAUACCGGGUCGUGUACACGGACCACCAGCGGCUGGAGCUGGAGAAGGAGUUCCACUACAGUCGGUACAUCACCAUCCGGAGGAAGGCCGAGCUGGCCGCCACGCUGGGGCUCUCGGAGAGACAGGUGAAAAUCUGGUUUCAGAACCGCAGGGCCAAGGAAAGGAAAAUCAAUAAGAAGAAGAUGCAGCAGCAGCAGCAGCAGCCGCAGCCCCCGCAGCCGCCGCCGCCCCCGCAGCAGGCUCCGCAGCCACAGCCCGGGCCCAUGCGCAGCGUCCCGGAGCCCUUGAGUCCCGUGCCUUCCCUGCAGGGCUCCGUGCCCGGCUCGGUGCCCGGGGUCCUGGGGCCCGCCGCGGGGGUGCUCAACCCCACCGUGACCCAGUGAGCCUCC